AUGGGGUCUGUUCCCAGAAUGCCAGGGGCAGGGCGGCUGGGGGCAGGGCCGGCCGUUGGACAAACAGAUCAAAGGCUGCUGCUCAUCCUGGGCCUGCUGUGGGGCUCGGCAGCCGCCCCGUCCUCGGGCCCGCAGUGGCCCAAGCCCGUGUUCGGGCGCCUGGCAUCUCCUGGCUUCCCAGGCAAGUAUGCCAACAACCAGCAGCAGCGCUGGGCCCUGACGGCCCCCCCCGGCUACCGCCUGCGCCUCUACUUCACUCACUUCUGCCUGGAGCCCUCCUACCUCUGCGAGUACGACUUCGUCAAGCUGAGCGCCGGGACCGCGGUGCUGGCCACGCUGUGCGGGUCGGAGAGCACGGACACGGAGCGGGCGCCCGGCAACGACACCUUCUACUCGCCGGGCUCCAGCCUCGACGUCACCUUCCGCUCCGACUACUCCAACGAGAAGCCGUUCGCGGGCUUCGAGGCCUUCUACUCGGCAGAGGACAUCGACGAGUGCCAGGUGCCCCCAGGAGAGGCCCCCACCUGCGAGCACCACUGCCACAAUUACCUGGGUGGCUUCUACUGCUCCUGCCGUAUGGGCUACGUUCUCCACAGGAACAAGCACACUUGCUCAGCCCUGUGCUCAGGCCAGGUCUUCACUGCCCGGUCUGGGGUGCUCAGCAGCCCUGGAUACCCUCAGCCGUACCCCAAACUCUCCAGCUGCACCUACAGCAUCCGCCUGGAGGAGGGGUUCCGUGUCACCCUGGACUUCGUGGAGUCCUUUGACGUGGAGACGCAUCCUGAGACCCAGUGCCCCUACGACUCCCUGAAGAUUCAAACAGACAAGGAGGAAUAUGGCCCAUUUUGUGGGAAGACGUUGCCCCGCAGGAUUGAAACCAAGAGCAACACAGUGACCAUCACCUUUGCCACCGAUCAGUCGGGGGACCACACGGGCUGGAAGAUCCACUACAACAGCACAGCUCAGCCCUGCCCUGACCCGACGGCACCACCUAACGGCCACAUCUCCCCUGUGCAGGCCAAAUACAUCCUGAAAGACCGCUUCUUUGUCUUUUGCGAGUCGGGCUACGAACUUCUGCAAGGUUAUUGGCCCCUGAAAUCGUUUGUUGCAGUCUGUCAGCCAGACGGCUCUUGGGACAAACCGAUGCCGGAGUGCAGCAUUGUUGACUGUGGCCCUCCUGAUGAUCUGCCCAGUGGCCAAGUGGACUAUAUCACGGGUACUGAGGUGACCAUAUACAAAGCUGUGGUUAAAUAUCGCUGUAAUGAGUUCUACACAAUGAGAACAAAUGAUGGUAAAUAUGUGUGUGAGGCUGAUGGAUUCUGGACGAGCUCCAAAGGAGAAAAAUCACUCCCCGUCUGUGAGCCUGUUUGUGGAAUAUCCACCCGUACCACAGAAGGUCGUAUAUAUGGAGGACAAAAUGCAAAGCUUGGUGAUUUUCCUUGGCAAGCCCUGUUAUUAGGUAAAACUACAGCAGCAGGUGCACUUCUAUAUGACAACUGGAUCCUAACAGCUGCUCAUGCUGUAUAUGAGCAAAGAGAAGACGCCUCCUCCCUAGACAUUAGAAUGGGUGCCCUGAAGAGACUGUCACCUCAUUAUACACAAGCCUGGGCCGAGGCCAUUUUUAUACACGAACGUUACGCUCAUAAUGCUGGUUACGAUAAUGACAUAGCGUUGAUUAAAUUGAAGAACAAAGUUGUAUUAAGUAGCAACAUCAUGCCUAUUUGUUUGCCGAGCAAAGAAGCUGAAUCCUUCAUGAGAACCAAUCAUAUUGGAACUGCAUCUGGAUGGGGAUUAACCCAAAGGGGUUUUCUUGCCAGAAAUCUAAUGUUUGUUGACAUACCAGUUGUUGACCAUCAAAACUGUACUGCGGCAUAUGAAAAGAAGUCCUAUCCGGGGGGAAGGGUAACUGACAACAUGCUUUGUGCUGGUUUAGAAAGUGGGGGCAAGGACAGCUGUAAAGGCGAUAGUGGGGGGGCAUUAGUGUUUCUACAUAAUGAGACACAGAAAUGGUUUGUGGGAGGAAUAGUGUCUUGGGGUUCCAUUAAUUGUGGGGAAGCAGAUCAGUAUGGGGUCUACACAAAAGUCAUUAACUAUAUUCCCUGGAUCAAGAACAUAAUUAAUAAUUUUUAA